CGGGCAGAAGGCACUGCGGGGCUGCCGAAGAGAGCGUCCGGGACUGGCGGCGCCCGGAGCUCAGAAUGUCUUCCUGAACCCUGGUUACCAUCUCCAACCACUCUUGGCACAUUGUAAUCUCCUUAACAGAACAUCCCUGACCAGGGAGACCAAGAGCUACCUCACUGAGCCCAGGAAAAGUCGCCGUGCUCCGAGAGAAAAGCCAGAGGGAGAUGAUGGCCUCGAAGCCAGAGAAGAGGAUGGCCUCCUCCAUCUUCAUCACCCUGACUCCCCCUCGCCGGGACACAGCUGUGGUGGACGAGGUGAGGCAGGCGGCCUGUUCCAGUCGGGCCAGUCGGGCCCGGGAGACUGUCUCAGCCAAGAAGCCCCCCAGUGACUUUCUAGUGAACAGACAGGUCCCGCGGAUCCCCAGCAUUUCAGCAACACUGCCCCCACCAGUUCUUCUACCUAAUGGAGGCUCAUCCCUCCCUCGUCCAGCCCCAGACGCUGAAGACAGCUUUCCUGAUCUGGAUCUCCUCCUUCCUCCACCGCCCCCUCCAGCCUUCCUGCUCCCGCCAGAUGAGGAGGGUCUUGCCCAGGGAGGGGAUUCACUCUCAGAAGACCUACAGCAGCUGCACAUGGUGCCUCCACCUCCCCCUCCACAGGCCCUACCUGAGUCCCACCAGCUCAAGCCUCGGCCCAAUCAUCUCAAGGGAGUAGAGGAAGAGUUGCCACCACCUCCCGAAGAGCCAGACCGAAUCCCAGAGAGGGAGGAGUCCACAGACAUCUGUGCCUUCUGCCACAAGGUAGUUUCCCCCCGGGAGCUGGCCGUGGAGGCCAUGAAGAGACAGUACCACGCCCAGUGUUUCACGUGCCGGGCCUGCCACCGACAGUUGGCAGGCCAGCGCUUCUACCAGAAGGAUGGACGGCCCCUCUGUGAGGCCUGCUAUCAAGACACUCUAGAGAAGUGUGGCCGGUGCCAGAUGGUGGUCCUAGAUCAUGUCAUCCGAGCUCUGGGCCAGACCUUCCACCCAGACUGCUUUACCUGCGUGGUAUGCUCCCGACGGAUUGGAGACGAGAGCUUUGCCUUGGAUGAACAGGAGGAAGUCUACUGUUUGGAUGACUUCUACAGGAAAUUUGCACCCGUGUGCAGCAUUUGUGAGAACCCAAUCAUCCCCAGAGACGGGAAGGAUGCAUACAAAAUUGAAUGCAUGGGACGGAAUUUCCAUGAAAACUGCUACAGGUGUGAGGAUUGCAGGAUCCCACUGUCUGUUGAGCCCACAGACCAAGGCUGCUAUCCGCUGAACGACCGCCUCUUCUGCAAGCCAUGUCACGUCAAGCGCAGCGCGGCAGGAUGUUGCUGAAGGCACCCCAUGGGCACCUGGCCCCAAUCUCGGAGAUCUGAGCAUUUGUGAUGGCUCCUGCCCUGGGGCCCUUCCUAUGUCUUUGACAACCUCAUUUUCCCUUCUUCGUGUACUGUUGCAGAGCUAUCCUAAGUCACAGGGAGACACCCGCCUGAAGGAAUGUCAGAGAUAUCUGAAGAGAGUGAUGGGUCCUCCCCUCUACCCCCAAACUCAGGUCUCCAGCUUGAGAGAAAGCAUCAUGGUAUUGGUGAAUCAUCAAUAAAGAUGUGUUAAGCAGCUGCUGUGCCAGGCUCUGGGCUAAGCGCUGGGGAUACAAAAAGAAGUGAAAGACAGGCCCUGCCCCCGAGGACUCACAAUCUACUUGGAAGAACCCUGGAUUUGGAGACAAGGGACUUGGGUUCAAAUUCCAGUUCUGCCAUUUAGCUGUGUGACUGUGGACAAAUCCCUUCAUCUAGCUGGCCCUCAGCUUCCUCAGAUGAAGGAUUUGGACAAGGUUCUCUGACCUUCCCUCUUCCCUGAAAGGGAUAUUGCCCAAGAUAGGAGGACUAUGCAUUCACAUUCCCUACAGACUUUCAAUUGUUCUAUGCCUCCCUCCUCUCCCUCCCACCCUGGAGUGAGGGGUCCUUUCUCUAUAAGAGCUUGAUUGCUCCAAUCAAUUAUGGAAAGAAGAAAGAGAGG